GUAAAAAUUUCCAAGUCAAGUCAACUAACGUGUUUAGCAGAUAAAGACCAUCUCCAUAGCCAUAUAUUAUAGCGUAUAGACUAAAUGAAGAGAAUCACAGACCUUGUUGGUGACUCCACCGGCCAUGGCUGCUUUCUCUUUUAUUCUUCUCUUUGCUCUGUUUCUCCCUGUUUUUACUUUUAUCAAGGGUUGUCCCCCAGAGUUUCACUGUGGAAGACUGGCUCCGAUCAAAUACCCUUUCACUAUAGAGGGAUUUAAGGAGUGCGGUCCCCUUAUGCUGAAUGAUUGCGAUAUGCCCAGGGGAAUGCCGAUGAUCCAGUUUGAGAAUGAGACGGGAUAUCCAAUUUGGUAUCAAGUCGAAAGCUUCUCCCCUGUAAACUAUUUAUCCACUAAUCUUUCGGUUAUUGACAUGGAUCUCCAGGGUCGCCUGAAUUCCAGGAGUUGUGAGUCCUUCAACAAUCUGAGUCUUCCCGGUCACCCACACGUUACUUUUAAAAUGAAUUCCAGUCUAAAAACCAUGUACAAAUGCGACGACUCUGUAGAGUCUGGAGAUCUUGAUAAUUUUAGGUUUCAUGGUUGCGGUGGCUUCAAAAUCUAUUACACUGUCAAGGAUAAUGCAAGUAUUCCAAGUCCUCUGCUUGAUUGUUCAACUCUGCAGCUCCCACUCAACAUAACCAAUGUUGAUGACGACAUUUUCCGAAUUUUAACUUCUACCUUCUCUCUUCUUGUUAGCUUAAAGGAUCCAAUGCAAGGACACAAAGGAUCCGGAAGCAGAGCAUGGAAAACAGUAGGUAUUAUAUGUGCUACUUUCUCUGUGAUAAUUUUGAUGGUCGUCGUCACUUUCUUCUGGCGUCGAUAUAAUAGAAGAAAAGAUGGUUCCUCCAACCUUCUCCCCAGAAACACUUCUGCAGAUCUAUUCUCUAAGUCAGAUCGGCAAGGGAGCGAUAUCUUCUUUGGGGUCUCCAUCUUCUCCUACAUUGAACUUGUAGAAGCCACUCAUAACUUUGCCUCCGAAAAUGAACUAGGAGAUGGAGGUUUUGGAAUUGUACACUAUGGCAAACUUCAAGAUGGGCGUGAAGUUGCAGUCAAGCGCCUAUACGAACGAAACUACCACAAGGUUCAGCAAUUCCUCAAUGAGAUCGAAAUCCUGACACGCCUGCGCCACAAAAAUCUGGUGGCCCUCUAUGGAUGCACUUCACGCCGCAGCCGUGAGCUCCUCCUUGUCUAUGAAUACGUUCCUAAUGGGACUGUUGCUGAUCAUCUCCAUGGCGAUCGAGCCAGUUCUGGCCUGCUCACCUGGCCUAUUCGUAUGAGGAUUGCCAUAGAAACAGCUAGUGCAUUGGUUUACCUCCAUGCUUCUGAUAUCAUUCACCGAGAUGUGAAGACCAGCAACAUUCUCCUCGACAACUAUUUCUCUGUCAAAGUUGCAGAUUUUGGGAUUUCCAGAUUGUUCCCAAAUGAUGUUACUCAUAUCUCAACUGCCCCACAAGGGACUCCUGGUUACCUAGAUCCUGAAUAUUACCAAUGUUACCAGCUAACUGACAGGAGUGAUGUCUAUAGCUUUGGUGUUGUUCUUGCUGAGCUCUUAUCAUCAAUGCCUGCUGUCGACAUAGCUAGGCAGCGCCACGAGAUUAAUUUGGCUCAAUUAGCAAUGAGCAAAAUUCAACGAUCUGCAUUCGAUGAGUUGAUCGACCCUUGUCUUGGGUAUCACUCAGAUGAGGAAGUUAAAAGAGUGACUACAUGUGUUGCAGAGUUGGCUUUUCUGUGUUUGCAGCAAAACAGGGAAUUAAGGCCUAGUAUGGAUGAGGUGUUGGAGAAACUAAUGAGAAUUGAGAACCCUCUAGAUGAGUUGCCCAAUCUAGUGGAAAACCAUGACCAAUGCCUGAGCCACUAACUUCACUGCCACAUUACAGUGAGCUUGUAUUGCUGAAAAGCAACAUAUCCUCAUCUUCACUUGAUCUCAUAACUGAAAACUAAGUAAUAUACUUCUAAUGCGAUUAAUGGAUCUAUUGAUGCUCAUAGUUAGAUGCAUGGGAGUUGCACUUGUUUAUGAUUUCAAUUUUCCUUUUUCUGCUCAUUUGCUCGUCUGCCUUUUGUUGUUCUUAGAAACUUGCCUUUAAUCCACGUCUUCAGUGGAUUGAAGUUAAGUUUAUGGCUAUGUAUAUAAAAAUGGAGCAGUUUAUUACUCGUACUAA